UCAGCACUGGGGGGAGGCACCAGUGGGCUGGGUUAGAGCGAGUAGUUGGCAAACAGGGACGAAGUGCGCACUAUAAGUAGAGAAUGAACCCGGAGGAACGUCAAAACAUUUAAAGCACAGCCGAGAGAGGAGGAGCGAGGCAGAGCGACACACCGAAACAAGGUGAGGCGCAGAAAGACGCGGAAACCCCCGCGGUGCGUUCAGGAUGGAGACCUGAAACGCGAGGAUAGAUUCCUACUGUAACAAGCGCCGCACGGCUGCCUUUUUAUUUUUUUUUUUUAAAAACGCGACUUUGUUGAGAGGUUUGAAGCCAGAACGGCUUCGGCGCAGGGGUGAGGAAAAGUCCAACGCCGCUCCGUCCCUGCGCGCGGCGCGCCUCGCUGUCACCGCGCACAGACAUCCUGGAUGAGCGAGUGUCUGCUUCAGCACCCACGGAGAGGACAGCUCCGCUCCGCUCCGCUCCGCUCCGCUCCGCCGCGGCCGCUCCGGACCUCCCGUCCCCGAACUCUGGCACGGCACCGCUAGGAAAAGUGUGACGACCCGCUGGCAGAGAGAUCCGCGGUUGACUGUGCGCUCAAUAUGUACCAGGGGCAUUUACAGGGGAAAGACUCUAGGGCUGCAGAUAAGACUGUUGCCAUGGUCCUGAAGGAGAUACCAAGUAAGGCGUCAUCAGAAGGGAAGCCCCUCCUCACAGUGACUACCAAGCUGGUGAGCGAGCAACAAGAGAGCCGUCCCCUUCUCAGCCCCUCCAUCGACGACUUCCUGUGCGAGACCAAGUGCGAUGGGGUUUCCCGGCCAGUGACCUCCAACACGGCUGUCCUGUCUUCAACACUGGACCUGCUGGACCUCAGUGAACCUGGCGAGAGGAGGAACAGCAAGGAGCGGAAGAGUCCCCUGUCGUCCCGGGGCAACAGCCAGAGGAGCAAGAACCAGAGGAAGAAGACGGAUGAGACGGAGCUGAUCCAGGUGGACGUCGAACACACAGGACAGAGCAUGAGAACGCCGGAGAGGGCGUCGCUGGACUCAGUGACCAUUGGUUCACCGCUGGAUAAGUGGGAGGAACUGAACCCGAGCUCCGACAGAAACGGCAACAGGAAAUGGAAGUUGGAGAGAAGACGGUCAUCGAAGAACGCGUCCAACGAGUUCCUGUGGUCCGCAGACUGUAAAACCCAACUGGAGCCACUCAACAGGAACUCCUUCGAAGCCAAUACCAAAGUGGAGCCAGAGUCGGCCCUGGCGAGCCAACUCAACAGGCAGUAUAUUAGUGGAAGACAUGCUCGCCUGACGAAGGAUCAGCGGUGGGGCAGCACCCUCCUGUCCAGACACCAGUCCCUGGAGGAGGAGUUCGAACGGGCCAAGGCCGCUGUUGAGUCGGACACGGAGUUCUGGGAUAAGAUGCAGGCUGAGUGGGAAGAGCUCGCGAGGCGGAACUGGCUGACGGAGAACGAGCAGGCGCAGAUCCCCUCCACGGUCUCCCCUCACGAGAAGGGUUACUACUUCCACACAGAUAACCCUUACAAGGACGUGCCCAACGCAUUUGAAGAGGGACUGAAGAAGUCUCGAGAGGGAGACUUGCCAAACGCUGUACUUUUGCUAGAAGCAGCCGUCUUGCAGGACCCUCAUGACUCAGAGGCGUGGCAGGUGCUGGGGACCACCCAGGCUGAAAACGAGAACGAGCAGGCAGCGAUUGUCUCCCUCCAGAGGUGCUUGGAGCUGCACCCAAACAACCUCCCCGCCCUCAUGGCGCUGGCCGUGAGCCUCACCAACACGGGCAUGCGCCACGACGCCGGCGAGGCCCUGCUGCACUGGCUGCGCCACAACCCGCGGUACAAGCAGCUGCUGAAGGGCAAGAGCCACCUGAUGGGAUCGCCCGGCUCCCAGCGCAGGAUGUCGCACGCGCUCAGCAUCAGCAGGCACGAAAGCUCGCUGCUUCCCGAGGUCAAGGAGCUCUUCCUGGAAGCGGUUCAGCACAACUCUGACAGCGUCGACCCAGAUCUGCAGACGGGCCUCGGGGUGCUCUACAACCUCAGCGGGGAAUUUAACAAGGCGGUGGAGGCGUUCAACACGGCCCUGUCUGUGCGACCCGAGGACUACCUGCUGUGGAACCGCCUGGGGGCCACGCUGGCAAACGGAGACCGGAGCGAGGAGGCGGUGGAGGCCUACACCAGGGCGCUGGAGCUGCAGCCGGGCUUCAUCCGGUCCCGGUACAACCUGGGCAUCAGCUGCAUCAACCUGGGGGCACACAGAGAGGCGGCCAGUAACUUCCUGACUGCCUUAAGCCUUCAGAGGAAGAGCCGGAGCCGCCAGCAGUCGCACCAGGUGAUGUCUGGGAACAUCUGGGCCGCUCUGAGGAUAGCUUUAUCUAUGAUGGACCAGCCAGAACUCUUCCAGGCCGCCAACAUUGGCGACCUGGAUCUUCUCAUGCGGGCCUUCAACUUGGACAUUUGAGGAGGGGGAGGCGGCGAUGACGGCGUCUCCCGCCUCCGUCCUUUUUUAUACCCAACAGCCAAAAGCCCAAAGUGCACACGUCAGAACGGACGCGAUCUGACGUUAGAGACGGUGAUGUGAUUUUUAAUGCAUGUAAGAAUGAUCUCCAGUCGUCAAAGAUGUUAUAUUUUUUGCCCCGGCACCUCGAAUCGGGCGCGUGGACAGGUUCUACGAAGUGCUUGAGUCGACUGCUUUCUGACGGAUUUGCACUGCAAUUUGCGAUUACCCCGAAGAGCACAAGGACAGGCAGCGAUUGUACGAGCAAUGCCUUAGCGAACGCACCAAUUCAAAGCGGACUCGACUGGUGGAGCAGCGCCAGGAGAGACGGGCCCACGGACCGCCUCGCGCCGGCGGAGGAUCCCCCGCAUGCUGCUCGCUGGGAACAGAUCAGGUUUGGAGCUGGCAGCGACGGCUUCGUUAUCGCGGCCCGCGCUCCCAAAGGGUGGAUUUAGCAAACACACGGCACAGACGGCACCACGUGACCCGGAACUCCCGACGUUCCGCUCCUGGCGCGAUUUGAUCGUCUGUCAGCGGAGAGUAACGAUACUGCAUGAAUAAGCAUUUUCAUAAAUGGAUUCUUCUUGGAAACUGACAUACUUUUAGAAGUUUUCCCUUUGCACUUCCGACCAACAGAUGACUUCCUCAACCUAAGUGGAAUGUGCAAGGCGGGUUGUAAAGCCUUACUGAGAUGCAUGCGAGCAACAAUAUUUAUUUAUACUGUUUUUUACGGCACAGAAACACAAAGCCAUUUGGUUUUCUUUUCAAACCCGCCGUCUUCUGAACUUGAAAGCUGACCGAGGCGUUCAUUUGUGUUUUGUUGUCUAUUCUUUGGUCUCGGCUCCUGUAGCUUCUCUUUGUUCCCUUUAUGCUGACUGGUCAGACACGUACAAACACACUGAUCAUUAGCGGUGAAAACAUUCUUCUAAAAAUAGACCUUUAGGAGCUCUGAGGGUUAUUGAUGGUGAUGAUUUCCCCUGAUCACAUUAAUAUCAAUGCUGUACGUCAUAAUAACGUUCGGGGUGUUUCCUAAUCCAGUCGUCUUGAAUUUCGCCGCAGCCCCGCAGAGACGGAGGAGCGCGUGCGUUUAAUGAAGUCAGUUCGCAUUAAGCACUGAUGUUAGCGUGGGCGCAGCGCUGCUCACAAAUGUCUGCUCACGUCAUGAUAACCCUCAACAUCAGCUCAUCCUGCAUCAGCAGAAAAGCGGCCAGCCUCCGAUUCCACAUAAAUCCUCUGCUGCAGUAACUCAGCAGAGCUUUCCCUUAAAAAAGAGGUGAUUUGUGGUUUUUUAGGUUUCUUUGUUUUUACUUUUUGCUGACACGCUCACUUGCGUCGACGUUGCGAGUUUGAAAGUGACUCUGUGAGGUGGGUGCGCGUUCCUCGGCGCCCGGCGGAGAAAAUGAUGGAUCAUCGGCCGUGCGGCGCAGCAACCCGGUGUUUUUAUCCUCCAAUCCUAUGCAAAAGGUCACGUUUCUAUGUUGCCGUUCUGAGCGGUUGGGCUCGUCCCAAGAGCGGCAACUAAAUGCUAUCAGGGAGAACCAGAGGCCGGUACCAGAGCCAUUCAUCUCUGGAGCAGAGCCGCUCUGAUGCCUGUGUGGGGGAAACGUAGGGGUGAUGGAAGAGUCAGCGCUGCCAGAUACAGGAAGAGCAUUCACCUCAAGUGAAGCCUUUACGUUUUAAAAGAAAUACGUCUGAUCUGAUUUCACUGCCAAACUUAAACAUGGUUAUGUUGUCGCGCAAAUUCACCUUGAACGCACUUUGAGGAGAAAACCUUCCUAUUUAGCUGUCAAACCAAUGACAGUAACGUCUUAUCCUGUUCUACUAGAACGUCAACAGAACCACUGAGAGGACAUUUCAGGUCGAAGCCGACAUGUAGCUGCCGCAGUCAGUCUGUCUUUCUGGCCGUGAUGUUUAAUAGAUCAAGGAGGCCGAGGAGCCCGGCGAGACGCGGCACAUGUGUGCAUGCCACUAACAAUUAGCAUCAGAGCUGGGCUCUGUGUGGACGGCGCAACGGCGAACGCAGCGAGGCCAAAGUGGAUUCGAUGAAAGCGGAGUUUAGCUUUGUGGUGAAAUGAAUAGUUGAGCUUUUUUGGGGGGGGGGUGCACGUUUAUUCAAGCUGUUUGCAUCGUUCAGCAUCUGUAACGGAGGCAGGUGUUUUUUUAUUUUUAGCAAACUCACGUACAUGAAAUGACCUGGACCGGGCGUGACAGCUGCCCUCCUGGACCGUGACCCCCCUGAUCCUGUGGUCUAUGGGGGACGAACGACAAAAGUCACACGCGCGAUUCUCGUUCGUUAAAAUAUGCUCUUCUCGGCUCAACUGAAAUAACGCUUAACAUUUCAAUCUCCAUCUUUAACACGGAUGCGUCAGGCGACCCCGCGCACAUUCGUAGCCACACGCUUUGUUAGCAUGCUAAGUCCAUUAGCACCACUGUGCCAAGACAGAACCGCGAAGAGCCAGAAUGGCUGCACGUCUGUGUUAGCAGAACCUUCCCACUGACAUCACUUCUGGUGAAUAAACCAAUGCUGCUGGCUACAACACCCGCUGUCCUUCACUUCCAUCAACCGUAAAACCAACCAACACAUUGGUGUUCUGAGGGAUUGUUGAGAGUUACUCUUAAGGCCAGUAUUCCUCUGUUUUUAUGAAAACAUUUUUCCCACAUUUUUUUUGUGUUAACAUUGAACUGAAGAAACUCGAAACAGGGGUUUCUGAUAAGCUCUAGUUUUCUUACGAGGCUGUAGGCCUUCGUAGUUUUGCAUUUCAGAAUACCGUAGUGUUAAAAAUGAAAUUAUUUUUUUAAAGACACCUCAACGUCCUGGCUUAAAACUGCUGUGUAACCAAUAGGAUGCCUGGUGAGCAUUUUCCUCUGUAGAAACUACUACUGUACCUGCUCAGGUGACCUCACCCUGCAUAACGCAUGUUCCUGAGGAACCCCGCCGAGCUCGAUCGCAUGCUUCUACUUUUUUUUUAAUCUUAUUUUAAUUUGUAUGCAUGAAAUACAUGAAAGUGCUUUUUUCCCCUCUCCCACUAAAGUCUAAAAAAUUAAAUAUAAAAAUGAUUUCCUUGCAAUAUUUAUACAAUGCACUUUCAAAGUCUCAUACCUUACAGAAACUGUAUAUAUCCAACACAAAAGGCUUUUUCUCGCAUAGAUCAAGCGAGCGUACGAAUAGAAAUAAGCAAACAUCUUGACGCAAUUAAUCUCUUCCAAACAUAUUUGAGCUUAACACUGGUACGUUGCUUCAACUGGCUCAUCAUAGUUCAAUUCUGUAGAACAUUUAUUGUAACGUCUAGAACUUAUAAACAUAAUAAUAGCCGCUGCAUUAGCCCCAACCUAUAAAGCUGCCUGUUAACCUGCUGUACAGCAGAUUUUGCAAGUCACAGGACUUCACACCAAGCUUUAAACAUGGGGACCCAAAGCGUUCAACAACAUACCCAGUAAUCAAAACAGCUGUUAUAGGUCAUUUCAGUCAGUUUGCAUUAUGAAACAAUGUGAUAAAGAAAUGUAAAGGCAUAUUUUUAAAAAAACAGCUGGAAUUAAAUAUCAUAUACUGUACAUGUUUUCUAUGCUUUAUGCCUUAUCGGAUGAUAUGCCCCAUGAGCAACACUUUGGGUUUCCAUUUUUCCUGAGGUGAUUAAGGCAUUUAUAGAAUCUUAACGGUGGCUUGGUCGGUUGGGGUUCAGUAAAGUUCUCAGCGUGUCCUUUUCUUUCUGAACUCCUUUAAUUCACCUAUACAAACACAGUUUGUGCUGCUUUAUUCAUCAACGCAUCAAAGUCAUAUUUUGAUGAAUGAACGUAGAAAUGAUAUACUUUAUAAACAGUAACUCAUUUAUUGACACCUACUGUAAUGCAUAUUACUCCUCCUGUAUAACCACAAGAAAAGCAUUAGCACCUUUAAAACGACAUGAAAGUGAUCUUUUAAAAUAAACUGUUCUUAUUUAUGCUA